AUAGACAUGCCAAACACAAGAAAAAGUAAACUCAAUUGUACAAUUGCUCUUGAGAUCGUCUAAAGAUUAAUUGAAAAAACGAUGUCUCAAUUGAAAAAUGGAUCUUCACAAUGCUUAUGGACAAGUAUUUGCAUUGUGUUAAUAGUAAUGUCGACGGCUCGUGGAGCUGUCUCUACAAAUUAUGGAGAAGCUCUCACAAAGAGUCUUUUGUAUUUCGAAGCUCAACGUUCUGGAAAAUUGCCUUCGAACCAAAGAGUUACUUGGAGAGGAGAUUCUGCUCUUAGAGAUGGUUCUGAUGCUCAUGUUGAUCUCACCGGAGGGUACUAUGAUGCUGGAGACAACAUGAAGUUUGGAUUUCCGUUGGCGUUCAUGACAACAAUGCUAGCUUGGAGCAAUAUAGAGAUGGCAUCACAGCUUAAGGCCCAUCAGGAGCAGGAAAACGCCCUUGCGGCUCUCAAGUGGGCCACCGAUUUUCUCAUUAAAGCCCAUCCUGAGCCCAAUGUCUUGUACGGACAAGUGGGUGACGGAAACUCGGACCACGGAUGCUGGAUGAGACCUGAGGAUAUGACCACUCCACGUCCUUCAUUUCGCAUUGAUGCCCAACAUCCAGGUUCAGACCUAGCAGGUGAGACAGCUGCAGCAAUGGCUGCAGCGUCUAUUGCCUUUGCACCAUCUGAUGAAGCCUAUGCCAAAAUACUUAUUGGUCAUGCGAAAGAUUUAUUUGAAUUCGCUAAGGCGUACCCUGGCAUUUACCAAAACUCCAUUACUAACGCCGGUGGCUUCUACGCGAGCAGUGGAUACGAAGAUGAGUUGUUGUGGGCUGCAGCUUGGCUCCACCGUGCCACCAACGACCAGAUUUAUCUUGAUUAUCUAACACAGGCAUCUGGUACAGGAGGUCCAAGGACUGUUUUUGCCUGGGAUGAUAAGUUUGUGGGUGCACAAGUAUUGGUCGCCAAGCUUGCACUUGAAGGGAAAGUAGAGAGCAAUGGAAAGAUCGCAGAGUACAAGAGUAUGGCGGAGCAGUUUAUCUGCAACUGUGCUCAAAAAGGUUCCAACAACGUUAAGAAAACCCCUGGCGGUUUGCUCUACUUCUUGCCGUGGAACAACCUCCAAUACACCGCAGCCGCUUCUUUCGUCCUCUCUGCAUAUUCUAAAUAUCUUGAAGACGCAAAAGCCUCCAUCCAAUGUCCCAAUGGUGCUCUUCAAGCUUCUGAUCUUCUCGACCUCACUCGUUCCCAGGUAGACUAUAUACUUGGGUCGAACCCCCAGAACAUGAGCUACAUGGUUGGAGUUGGGACCAAUUAUCCCAAAAAACCACACCAUAGAGCAGCCUCUAUAGUAUCGAUCACCAAGGACAAAACACCAGUGACGUGUAGUGAAGGAUUCGAUGCAUGGUUUAACAAUCCUGCACCAAACCCUAACGUUUUAAUGGGAGCAGUUGUCGGAGGACCCAACGAUAACGAUGUUUAUGGAGAUGAGAGGACUGAUUACCAGCAUGCUGAGCCUGCGCCGGCCACUGCUGCUCCAUUUGUUGGUGUCUUGGCGGCCGUUGCUUAAUCUUUCUCUUUGUUUUGCAAAUUUAAGUAUAUUGCUUUAGACCUUGUUAUCUUAUAUAAGUCCUAGGCUGUUCUUUAAUCUAGGUGUAAGGUCUAAAUGUAAUUUGGCUUGAAAAUAAAAUAUAUUUGAUAGUUAAAACCAA